AUACCAAGGGUGGCUCUGUGGGGUCUCAUUUAACUCUCGAACCGCCAGGCUAUCAGAAUGGAGAGCUCCCUGACUGAGUGUGCUAAGGGUGAGCACUUCCACACGGUCACUCCUCUGCUGGAGAGCUGGGCACUAUCCCAGGUGGCAGGCACGACUGUGUUCCUCAAGUGUGAGAACGUGCAGCCUGCUGGCUCCUUCAAGAUCCGGGGCAUUGGGCAUUUCUGCCAGGAGAUGGUCAAGAAGGGAUGCAGACAUUUGGUGUGCUCCUCAGGGGGCAACGCAGGCAUUGCUGCUGCUUAUGCCGCUCGGAAGCUGGGCGUCCCUGCCACCAUUGUGCUACCUGAGGGCACCUCCCAGCAUGUGGUGAGGAGGCUGCAGGGGGAGGGGGCUGAAGUUCAGCUGGCUGGAAAGGUCUGGGACGAGGCCAGUCUGAAGGCGCAAGAGUUGGCUAACAGGGAUGGUUGGGUGAACGUCCCUCCAUUUGACCACCCCCUGAUCUGGGAAGGCCAUGCCAGCCUGGUGCGAGAGCUGAAGGCAGCACUGGGGACCCCACCAGGGGCCCUGGUGCUGGCAGUAGGCGGUGGAGGGCUCCUGGCUGGCGUGGCAGCUGGCCUGGUAGAGGUGGGCUGGCAGCAUGUGCCCAUCAUCGCUGCAGAGACCCAAGGGGCACACUGUUUCAAUGCAGCCGUCAAGGCAGGCAAGCUAGUCACACUGCCAAACAUCACCAGUGUGGCCAAGAGCCUUGGUGCCAAGACUGUGGCCGCGAGGGCCCUGGAGUGCACGAAGGAGCUGGAGAUCUUGUCUGAGGUGGUGGACGAUGCCCAGGCUGUGAGCGCUGUGCAGAAGUUCCUGGAUGACGAGUGCAUGUUGGUGGAGCCAGCCUGCGGGGCAGCUCUGGCUGUCAUCUACUCAGGCCUCCUGGGGAGGCUCCAGGCUGAGGGCUGCCUGAGCCCCUCUCUGGCCUCGGUCGUGGUCAUUGUGUGUGGAGGCAACAGCAUCAAUAGUCAAGGGCUGCAGGCUCUGAAAGCCCAGCUGGGGCAGAACUGAGGGCUCCUCGUCUGGAUGGACACACCUGCAGCUGGCUGAGGGGCGUCCGUGUUCGUGGAUGACCGUGGAAGCUGGCUGCCAGCUUCCUCCUACAGGAAGCCCUCCUGCUCCCUGUGGCUCCCCCGCAGCCCCGACCAAUCAACACUUUCUGGGUGUGAUUUGUAAUACGGGCUGGCCCAAUUUUCUUGCUCCAUGAGCUCACGGAAGACACACGGCAACCUGGAGGCUGGCUCUGUGGUGAAGCGCCUCUUGCUACAUCACAGGGCUUGGGCGAUAACUC